CAGUGAUUUGAUGUACAGUAAGUCCAGCGUUUCAAGGGUAUAGCAGUAUAGCAUGGCUGAGGAUCACAGUGACUGGCUGAAUUUUGCUGCUUCUUGUAUGUCCGAUGUACAGUGGGAGGUGGCGGCAAUCCGACCAGAUGCAGUGCUCUCACAUCGCUCAUGCCCUUGGGGUGGCCAUUUGAUCAGGUUGGAUGCAAAGAAUGUCUUCAUCCAGAAUGCCUCCGCAGAUCCUGCUGACAUUUUGGUGCGCCCUGAGGUGCGCGAAAUGAGCCCAGGCAAGUCCAAGGCGGAGUUUACAUGGCGGUGCCUCGAAAUUUACGCACCUGGAGAUGCCUUGAUAGAGUGCACCAACAAUUGGUCCACGCGCUUGUUCGGGGUCCUGUUUGGCCACUCCCUUGGUUCCACGCGAUUGCAUUUGUUUCAAGAAGCGCGAACGGUAACCCGCCAUGCGCUCUAUAAAGAUUUUCCUGAACCAGGAGAUUCGACACAGGUCGAAACCGAAACCAUUGGGAUUGUCCGUCGUUUGCCACACCCUUCGGGCAAGAGGUACCGCUUGGUGUUUGUCUUCAGCACCCCAGAAGACAAUUUCCCAGGCAGUUCCUUAUGUGACCAACACUUGCCUGCUUUCACUGACAUGUUCCGCAACAUGUUCGAGAGGGUGGUGAAUGGCCCUGGUUUUCUUGACAUGCGGGGCAUUGAUGCAAAGAUGUAUUUGGUCCUGUCCAUGCGGGCCUUCAAUCGUGGGCCGCCGAUGAUUCCCCACGACAAUCCUUGCUCAGAGGAAUCGUUCAACAUGUCGGCUGGCGAACACCUUGGCUUGGUGUCUUGGACCCGUUUCAAACCUGAUGAAAAAUUCUACUUGAGUGAGUACAUGCGGGUCUUCAUGGAGCGGCUGGGGUACCAGUUGAAGAUCUAUGGGGUCAUGGACGGUCGUAAACUUGUCCCCUACCAGUGCGUCGUUGUGCGGUCGGAGUGGGACCAGUCGAGAGCAUCUUUCUAUGAAGCUUUCAAGGUGCAGAAAGCAGCUUACCGCCGUGCCAAUGGGGGACCCAAAAGCCCGAACUUGAUUGAAGAUCUGGCUCCCCAUUUCUUGCCUGGUGUCCAUCAACGUGAUACCGAUUCCCAGAUCUCUACGCCCAAGCAACAUACCACGGUGCGCAAGACUUUCGUGGAGCUCGACGAAGAGAACGACAUGGGCAAACCCAAGUUGCCCAAGCAGCUGAAACGCAGCAUUUCUACCGGGGAAGUCAUGACUUGCUUUGUGUAGGGAUUAAUUUGGCACCUUGCCAGCGUGUAGAGUGACUAUGGCUUUGACUGACUCUAGAUGAUGUAGAUGGCAAGGAAACACGGCAAACCAUUUCAAGUGGGACCAUGGUGGCGAAGAAUUCAUCUCGUACCAUUGGAUGGAAGGUAAACUCCAACAUCUGCCAAUAGGCCAAAGUAGAUGCACUUGUACAGCCAGGGGUGCGCGGAGGACAUGAGACCUCCCGUGAGAUCCUGUGAAAAUUGUGAAGUCAGAGAGAAUUGAAGUAGUCAAACUGAGUCAAACCAUUAAUGUUCACGUGCUAUUAAUUACCC